CAUCUGUCUCGUCAGCAAAAGUGGCAUCAAAAGACAUGGAACAAGAUCUAGGCACCGUGCUAGCCAACAACAAAGAUCUAUCUACAUACUACGAACUCAUUCAGAAAUAUCCCGAUAUUCUCCUCCAGCUUCCCAAUUACGCAGGCGUAACAAUCAUUGCACCCUCCAAUGACGCCUUCAAAAACAUCCCCUACACUGCUCUCAACGGCGUGUGGAAUGCAACUGACAAAGACACCACCGUGCCUCUCCUGCAAUAUCACAUUCUCCAAGGAACCGUCGCCACAAAUGCCCUCCUGACGGGUCCCACCUACGUCCGAUCAACUCUUCUGACCAGCACUCGCUACACCAACGUGACGUCUGGCCAGAACGUCCUCAUCGCCAAGCAGCCUGGCGACGACGUCGUCUUCACCACCAGCAUGGGCACUCGCUGCACUCUCACCGAGGGCGACAUCGCCUUUCAGGGCGGCCUGAUCCAAGUGGUGGACAACCUGCUCGUGCCUCCCGCGCGUUUACAAAACACUUCCGAAGCAUUCAGCGUGCCCAACUUCCUGGGCGCUCUCUACGCCGGCAAGCUCAUGCCCAAGGUCUCCUACGAGGAGAACAUCACCGUCUUUGCCCCCGUCGACAGCGCCUUUGCCACAAUUGGCGGUUCCCUCAAGCACAUGGAUGCCAAGAGCAUUGCUCGCAUCAUGGGAUACCACAUCAUCCCCAACCAAGUCCUCGUCUCUUCCGCCCUCACAAACGGUACUCGCCUCCAAACCCUCGCCAACAACGCCGCCGGAAACGCCCCCGAAUCGGUCGUCGUCCGUCAAGCCGGCAACAACAAGUUCGUCAACUCGGCCCAAAUCGUGCAGCCCGACAUCCUCCUCGCAAACGGCAUCAUGCACCUCAUCUCCGGCGUGCUCAACCCAGACGCCGAUGCCGCCGUGCCCAACCCCACGGCCCUUUCCCAGGCGCCCGUCUUCCCCGUCAGCUCGGCCCGCAACCCGUUCACGUCGGCGCUGCCCUGCACCGUGAGCUGCCCCGUCACGACGACUUCGGCGAGCAGCACUGCGGAUUUGACGACGACGAGCACAAGCAUCUUUACGACGAAGAGCAAGGGCGCUGCUAGGGCUCUUGCUACGGCGGAUAUACAUGCCGCUGGAGUAGCGUUGGGUUUGAUUGGCGCAGGAAUGCUGUUUUAGAGUUAGAAGUUGUGUUUUUGUUUUCCUUUAGUAUAGAGACGCGCAUAUCCUUUUUUUCUUUUCUUUUUUUUUUUUUUUUUUUUUUGAAAAGGGGAUAUGCUUUUUUGAAAAAAGCAGAUGUGUGGGCCUUCAUUGGUAUAUGGAAAUAAUGGAUCGAUUUAGAUGUUUGUAACUGUUGUAUUUUCUUAAUCAAGUCGUACCUAAUAUAAAGGGGCAUAAUUAUCCAUAACCAGAAUGGUUAUAGUAACCAUGCUUGAAUAAUAUCACAAGUGAGGUGCUUUUAGCUGUCAAGUUGUUGGUUAUUCUAUGAAUUCGGCAGAUGCUCUGCGGCAGAACAUUACCAGAGAAUACAAAAAAUAUCUAGAAAACAAAUGAAUUGUCUAGUAAUCCGGUUGAUAGUUGAAAUUGCCCUAUUUGCCCGACUUCGUCAUAUUUAGGCAAUGUAUAAAGGCAACAGCAGUCUUUAAACUCAUAUUCGGACGAUUGAGAAACUGAUUAUCAUCAAUAUUGGCCAUAUUCUUUCGGCUCAAAAUAUUGAAGCAAAAAUGCAGGGUAGACAACAAUCACAGAAAUAAGAACAAGCAAAUAACAUUCAAGACAAAUGAGUAGACUUAAAACGGUACGUUACGAAAGAUGGCUUGACAUACAUACAAUCCUUACAUUGCAGUGAUAUCUUGUCUAUCUAAAGGCAAUCGCCCAACAUACGCAAACCAAUCAACUGGGCUUUUCUGGCCACUGUGAUAUCUGUAAACUUCAUACAAGCAGAAUGAGUCAUCUGGAACCCGUUGUUCCAACGUGGUUGUUUAUUUGUCCAUUUGCCAAAAGGCUUCCCAUAUACCUUUCCUUCCCUUAAGCUCCCAACGCCACCAGUGGUUUUAAAACAAGAAGCAAGAUUAUUCCCCAAGCCUAAACAGCGUGCCAUUAAUAGAGGUCCUCUUCCCUCUUCCAUUCAUCACCUAUAGUUUCGACCCGCGCUCCGGUCGUCGUCAAAACUGCGGCUGCGACUGCGGCGUCGGGUGUCGUGAUCAUCACGUCGGCCUGCUCCAUUACCCCCUCCUCCGCCCCGUCGUCUAGGCGCCGGUGAUCUGGACCGAGAUCGAGAAGAGAACGAGUCGUUGGACCGACUACG